AUGGGUGAAGCGCCACGACCCAGAGAGCAUCUGCUCAUUAUCUUAAAUGUUCCUCUACCCGGAGUACUAUUGGACGACAUUCGUCGCAAAUUCUCCGAUGUCGAGCUUACCCUUCAUAAUGUGACUCGAGGUGCAAAAGUGUCGCCGGAUGAUCAGUCUGUUAACAUGUUACAUGCGCGUAGCCUUAAGGUUGUCCACACAUUCUCCGCGGGUCUGGAUCAUCUCAUGAACAAUCCUAUUUUGAAGAGUGGUGCCGUGCCCUUCACGACCAGCUCCGGUAUCCAUGGUCCACCAAUUGCAGAAUGGACCAUCAUGAACUGGCUCGUCUCCGCCCGGAAAUACAGUGUUCUAUACGAGGCACAGAAGGAGCACAAAUGGGAUAAGGAGACCCCAUGGAUGUACAACAGUUAUGACCAAGUUGGCAAGAGAGUUGGAAUCCUUGGAUAUGGAAGCAUUGGCCGCCAGAUUGCCCGCGUUUCUCAGGCACUAGGCAUGACGGUUCACGCAUACACGGCUUCUCCCCGCCCGACACCGGAAUCCCGGCACGAUACCGGGUUUAUCGUUCCGGGGACCGGAGAUCCCGAUGGGUCGAUUCCUGUAUCUUGGCACCAUGGAACAGAUAAGAGUGAAAUUCAUGAAUUCUUGUCUCUCGGUUUGGACCAUUUGGUCGUCUCUGUCCCACUUACUGCUCAAACCACUAACUUGCUGGGCGCUGAAGAAUUCCAGCUUUUAGCUGAGAACUCGAAGAAUUCUGGUAUCAAGCCAUAUGUGACCAAUAUUUCACGAGGAAAGGUGCUCGACCAAGAUGCCUUGAUUGAUGCUUUGAAGUCUGGCGUGCUAGGUGGCGCCGCGCUGGAUGUCACAAACCCUGAGCCGUUACCUGCUGAUCAUCCUCUUUGGGAUGCGCCAAAUGUGCAGAUCAGCCCGCAUAUCAGUGGGUCGGGGAGAGAGUAUUUCUGGCGAUCACUCGAGAUUGUUCGGAUUAACAUAGAUCGUUUAGCGACCGGGCAGCCUUUGAUUAACCAAUAUGGUGGAAAGGGCUAUUAG